GGGGGGAAAAAAAAAAAUGCUAUUCUUGUUUUCCAAAACUUUUCAAAUAUUGACAUACAAUGAAAUAUGAAAGAAACAAUGUACAUUUAACACUGUCGUGUUUUUCAAAGGAUGCGGCGCCAAUCCUCAGCAUUCCUACUCUGCUAGCUUUCUGUAUGCAGACGUCGAUCGCGGCGACCGAUCGGGCGCCGCACGCGCCUCUCGGGUGCCGUAGGUGAGUGCGAUUGGAAUCCGCUGCCAAGUCAAGUACAGCGGGAAUCAGUGGGAUUUUGCCGGGGAGAAAAAAAAAUGGCCGUGCGAGAAACAUUCUGGAAUCAGCGUAGAAAGCUAACUCAACAGGAUUUGUAACUAAAGCUCAGGCGCUUAUGAGUUUCUUUGGAGCGCACUAAAGUGGCAGCUUGAAACCAAAAUGGCCGACUUCGGGUGUCUUUUCAGACCUGGCUUCUGGAGCCUUUCGUCUAUCCGUGAUAGAAAUGUCAACCGAAUCUCACGUCGCUGAGCGAAACGGACUUUUUUUGUCACCUUCGGAGAACGCCUGCAAAUGUUAACUUCAAACCACGGCGAGUAUUGCUGAUUUGAAUCUCGAGCUUGGGCGCUUGGGAAAAUUCCUGCUUGACAGAUUCUACCCACGUAGAGCGUUUGUACAACAAAAAAGGUAAAGAUGCUAACAUGAAGUGAAAGAAUAUAUUCGGAGCUUUACUGCAAAAGCCAUGGAAACGUUGGCUCGAUGUGCUCGUGUGUGUUUUUGCAAUGCGACACUCUGGCGACCAGUUGAGGGCGUCGCCGCCUCUCGCCCGAAGGUAGCCGGGAUGGGCUCCAGCACGGAAAUGGAGGGCGCGUGCGUCUGCCUUUCGGCCGCUGGUGCUAUAUCGCCCCCUGCAGGCGAUCCUGCUUCUUUCUUCUCUUUUCGGAAUAAAUCCUGAAAAUGAAGUCGAGCUUGCUUCUUUUCUUCUUCAUUUGUUGUCCUUUUUCUCUUGCACUCGAAGUUUCAUCCCUCGCACGUUUCUUCAUCUUAGGAUAUUUGGUGUUUACAGCUCUUGUGUCUUCUCUGUGCGCAAUAUUAAUCUUACAAUUGUUGAGGCUAACAUUCACUAACAUUGUAUUCUUGAUGCAUGUUUGUUUAAUGAAGUAAAAGUUGGAUGAAAUCAUUUUUUAGAAGUCUCUAGCGUGCAACUGUCGAGCGUCUUUGUGUAGUCUGUAAACUUCGUCAGUGGUCAGUCGCUUGAAAUAUUGCAGUUGGAAGGAUUGUGGGUCGCUGGCAUGGAGGCACCUUCCCGAAGCAUUUUAGGAAUUCAUCUCGCUCGGAAAGGAUAGAAAAGGAAAGUUGGAUUUUGGAGACUCUUUUGUGGGUCAACUCAUGACAGACAUGUCCACCAAAUUUCACGUUGCUAAGUCGAACUGGCUGAAUUUCUGAACAUCUUGGGGUUAUUAAAGUUUCGGAGUGUGACGGGUCAUGAAACUUUGCUGCCAUGUUCCGCCAGCACAGCGUGACGACAUGCGUUUCAGGUCGGAGUGGCCAUCAGCUCUCGCUGGGUUCUCUUACUUCCCACCGUCCGUGAAGCCACCGUGUUCCUGCCAUUCUACCCCGCGGCCUGCUAGAGGGCGCCCUUGUGCCCCGGCCGGCUUCCAUUGAGUCAGACCGCUGAGUCACUCACAGAGUCCACUUGUGCGCUUAAAACUCCGACUCUUCAGUAGUCGAGAAAGACGAACACAGAGCGAAUGUGAAGUGUGAAAGGAGUUUGUUUGUUCCCCCCUCCUCUCUCGUGUGUAUUUCGAGCUCGAGCGGCUGGCAGGAUGCUGACGGUGACGCUGAGGACGCUCCAGCAGCAGACGUUUAAAAUCCACAUCGACGCCGAGGAGACGGUGAAAGUGUUGAAGGAGAGAAUCGCGGAGGAGCGAGGAAAAGAUGCGUUUCCCGUCGCGGGACAAAAGCUCAUCUACGCAGCCCAAAACAGCCCCCGCCCCUCAAAGCUCCCCAAAGUCGUCCCACCAAUCAGCGCCGCCCCUCUCUUCCUCCUCAACGACAGAGCCGUCCUCAUCAUCUUCAUCCUCCUCGGUGCGCGUCCCGACAGAAGAAGCCCCCGCCGGCACGCAGUCGUCGGAAGCGCCGCCCCCGCCGCCCGCCCCGGAGAACACCCCCACCACUUCUCCCGAAGACGCGUCUCCGCCGUCGGCCGCCGCCAAAGACCCCGCCGCCGCCCCUUCGACAGUCACGGCGGACCCGGACAAGGCCGAAGACACGCCGACGGAGGAAGCGGGAAGUCGAGCGUCCGUCCAUUCGUCAGCUUCGAGCCUGGCGGACGAGCUCGGCCUGCUGGAGGAGGCGGCGUCCAUUCUCGUGACGGGCCAGGCCUACGAGAACCUGGUGUCGGAGAUCAUGUCCAUGGGCUACGAACGCGAGGCCGUGGUCUCGGCGCUGCGGGCCAGCUACAACAACCCGGACCGCGCCGUCGAGUAUUUGCUCACCGGUCUCCCCGCCACUGAGGCCGGCGACGCGCCGGCUCUUCGGGACGCUCCGUCGGACCCCGCGGCCGCCCUGGUCCCCGCGGCCACCCUGGCCCCCGCUACGCAGACGCCGCCGGCGGCGGACGCCGAACGCCUGUCGUCGUCGGGCGGCGGCGGCGGCGGGGGCGGCGGCUCGCCGUCCACGCGGAACCCGCUUGAGUUCCUGAGGAACCAGCCUCAGUUCCAGCAGAUGCGUCAGAUCAUCCAGCAGAACCCGGCCCUGCUGCCCGCGCUGCUGCAGCAGCUGGGCCGCGACAACCCGCAGCUUCUGCAGCAAAUCACGCAGCACCAGGAGAGAUUUGUCCAGAUGCUCAACGAGCCUCAGGGCAGCGGAGGCGGCGGAGGGGGCGAGGGUGCCGCCGAGCCGCGGGCGUCGUCCCGUGCCAACUACAUCCAGGUCACGCCGCAGGAGAAGGAGGCCAUCGAGAGGUUAAAAGCGCUGGGCUUCCCCGAGGGUUUGGUCAUUCAGGCGUACUUCGCCUGCGAGAAGAACGAGAACUUGGCCGCCAACUUCCUGCUGCAGCAAGCCUGGGAUGACGAGUAGUUCAUUUUUUUUUUUUUUUUUUGGUUUGGUUUGGUUUUGUUACCCCCAGUCGUAUGUCGAAAGCGCUGUCUCCUUCACACGCCACCAGCCUUUGGUUGUUUUUUGUGUGCGCAGGAGCAGCAUUGCGAUUGAUUGAUUGAUUGAUUGAUUGCAAAUCUUGAAUAAAUGUCACCAUUCAUAGUU